AUGGAUAAGAGGAAGAAAGGCUCUUCUACGGAACUGAGGCUUAUGGUGGUUGGUAGCAGUGGACCUUCUCAGUUCCUACUAACCAAUACCAUACUUGGGAGAGAGGAGUUUUCUAAGGAUAUCUCCUGCAUUUCUGGCAGCAGGAAGAAUACUGGAGAGCUGGCUGGUCGACGAGUGGCUGUGGUCAAUGGACCAAACAUCUAUGACAAGGAUAUGUCUCGAGCCAAGACGAGGAUGGAGCUGAGAAGGUCUAAGUGUUUAUGUAUCCCUGGUCCCCAUGCCUUUCUUGUUGCAUUUGACAUGGAGAAAAUCUCCCCGAAUGACAUAAAUACAUACAGACUGAUGAAGAAACGCUUUGGAAGGCACUGUCUGAAGCACUGCAUGGUCCUCCUGGCCUAUGAAGGAAAUCUGGAGGGAGCUGCCUUGGAAAACAAAGUGCAGAAGACUGACUGGCACCUGAGAGAACUUAUCGAGAAGUAUGGUGGACGCUUUCACAUUUUCAGCAAGAACUGUAGAGAUCGCAGCCGUGACAGAGAGCUGCUGCAGAAGUUAGAGUUAAUGGUGGCCUCAUUAGGGGGUGGCUACUUCUCGAGCAGAACUUUCCAGAAGGCAGAGGACUGUGUGAAGAAGGAGGAAAAGAGGCUCAGGAAGCAGAGAACAGCAGAGAUAGAGAGGGUGUGGACUGACAUGGAGAAACGGUACGUAGCGGACGAGUUGUAUCACCAGAAGGAUGCCUACACCGCCAAUGUUGGCGUUGAGAUCAGAGCCAAGGCGGAGAUGGACAAUGGAUGGCUCAGGACUUCCCUGGCCAGAGGGCUGGGGACAGGUGUGGUUGUGGGAGCUAUCAUGGGAGCACUGUUUGGGUCUAUAGAGGGGCCAGGAGGUAUGGUUCUUUAUGGGAUCAUUGGUGGUGCGGUUGGAGGAUCAGGUGGAGGAACGGCCCAGGUCGCUAUAAAGCAUAUGGAGGACAGAGUGGUUCCAACUGCUAGACUCAACUUUAACUCAAUUUUUAUCAAUCGCUUCUUUGCAGCUCCUCGAUCAUGACGGCGUGGCAUUGAAUUCCUACCUGUAUUUCAGGAAGCAAGAGAAAAGAUUUAUAUCAUGUGCUCCUGGUGUGUAACUGUUGGUUAUGUAGCUUUCAAGCUGACCUGACAGCAAAUAAGAUAAGGAAAUGUAAAACUCCCUUUAGGUUGAAACACAAACUUGAUUCCCCAGUUAUAUUACCUACAUACUAUACUAUACUGUACUACUAUACUAAGCUACUGUUUUGGUGAACACAUAGUUUAAGGGAAUUACUAAUGGUCAAAAACAAUAAAUCUCACAGUUGAUUUUAACUGUAAAUGAAUAUAUUUUAAAUAAAUGUUGUGAUUACUGACAGCAUUUUUGGUUUUGUUUUUAGCGUCUCAACAUUUCCUGGAGUCUUGCUGUGGGUUGGUU